AUGGUGGUUAUAGCAAGUCGUCACUCAGUUCUAGCGACGAGAAUUCAGGUUAGCAACCAGUUGAGCAGCAAGAUACUGAUAGCACACUGUCGAUCCAAGGACGACGAUCUCGGAGCCCGUGCCAUCAUCGUCGGGAAAGAUACCGGUUGGAGUUUCGAGGCGGAUAUUUCGGGGGUGACGCUUUUCUGGUGCAACCUCGCGGUCGAAGAUAAGCGUCUUUCUUUCACAGCGUUCGAUGGAGAUAUGUACGGUGAUCAAUUUUGGGAUGUUCGUGACGAUGGGGUAUACGGGACGACCAAGUUCACCAAUGCUCAGUAUCUCGAACGUGAAUGGAGGCGAAUUCAACGGCUAAAUUGA